AUGGCAUCGUCAAGGGGACGAGAACGGAUCCGUCAGAGGCAAAAUGCAGGAUUUUCUUUUGCGUUCGGGUCAUCGACGCCUAGGGAUCUGUCAUAUCUAAAUAAGGUUCCUAAAAACCUGCGGCAGUAUGACACGAAAGUGCCACGGGAGGAGAGCGGUGGGCCAAGUUUGGUGGAGUACAUGCGGCAGGCUCGUUCGUUGACUCCUUCAGCAGCCACAAAAGGAAAAUGGAAGGGCCGCGAGCCUCGUUCCGAACAACGACCCCCAGUUCCAACAAUGAGCCGUUCUAUUACAGUGGACCCUUCCCGGAACCGGUCCCAUAUGCCCUUCAUAACGAGACGCACCCAAGAGGAAGAAGGCGAACGAGAGGAGGUGUCUUCCGAACCUGAUCUUGUCCAGGACCGAGAAAUGCUAAACUUCGAAGAGGAGAAGCGGAAGCAGGAUGAAAGAAAAGCAGCCGAAGCCGCUGGACGGCCGCCGCGCAGCGAUUCGGCUACAAAGCGAGAAUCCCCACAUCAGCGUAAAUCCUCACCAGCAUCUCGUCCGACUAGCAAAGAUCAGAAAACUUCCACAGCAAAGCCGUCGUCACCAAGUACUCCCGAAAAAUCGCUGCCUUCGAGACAAAGAUCGGUGGAAAAGAAAAGCGCACGUGACCGUAGCCAGAGUCCGAAAGUGAUAAAGGUACCAGCUGCCAAGAAGGAAGAGCUGCACCCGAUUGAAAACAACGCCCAGGAAGAAGCCGUGGCAAAAGCAGAAAGUCCAAAGCCCCUCGCAGUCGAAGAAAUACCAUCAAAGGAUACCAAAGUUACAACGAAUAUCCAGGGCGAAGUGAGGGCUAGCUUGAUUACGACAAAAACACAAAUUGAGACCCAACUGGGAGAGCAGGUGACUGUGGUAGAAGACGUUGCUACCAGUUUCCCUUCAGCGAGAGGAAAAUCCAAGGAAGAAACGGUCAAACCAAUAGAAAAAGAAGAAAAUGAUGAAGUUCUGGUGAAGUCACACCCUCAAUCGAUUAUGAAAACAUUUAGACGGCACGAGAGCAACCCUCUAAUGGAACUGCUUCAUUUCCCAAAGCCCAAAAUCCUA